CCACCCCCACACCCGAGACAACAACACACUUCGCUGAGCAUAGAAAUUGAAUUUGAGGGGCACAAAGCAGCCUUCAAAAAUGCAAAGGCACUGCUAGAGAAACCCACAAACAGCUUCCUUGAAGCUAAUACGAGGUAUGACGCCGAGCUAGCUGAGACUGCGCUGAAGAAAGAAAGGGCUGUUUGUUUCUGAUAGAGUUGGGGUCUCCAAAGGGGAGGAAAAAUGAAGUUCGCCCAGUUUUUGCUGAAAAACAACUUUGUGGCUGGGAUACCCAAACAAGUGGAGAGGUUUUCUAAGUUUUCGCCAUCUCCCCUAUCUAUGAAGCAGUUCAUCGACUUUGGCUCGGCCAAUGCAUGUGAGAAGACUUCCUUUGUGUUCCUGCGACAGGAGCUUCCUGUUAGACUGGCUAACAUCAUGAAGGAAAUUGAUUUCCUCCCUGACAAACUCCUCGGCACUCCAUCACUAAAGCUUCUCACCAGCUGGUAUUCACAGAGUUUGUUGGAGCUUGUAGACUUUUUAGAACAAGAUCCAGAUGAUAAGGAUGUCCUGAAAAACUUUACACAGACUCUAGUAAACAUCAGGAACCGGCAUAACAACGUGGUGCCCACCAUGGCUCAGGGUGUGGUGGAGUACAAGGAGGCUUUCGGCGUGGACCCCGUCACCAACCAGAAUGUUCAGUACUUCCUGGACCGCUUCUACAUGAGCCGCAUUUCCACACGCAUGCUCAUGAACCAGCACACAUUAAUAUUUGACGGCAGUGUAAAUCCAGCCCAUCCCAAACAUAUUGGCAGCAUCGACCCCACCUGUGAUGUUGUGGAAGUAAUAAAAGAUGCCUACGAGACCUCAAAGAUGCUGUGUGAGCAGUAUUACCUGACCUCUCCUGAUAUCGAGAUCACAGAAGUCAAUUCCAAAAACCCCGGCCAGCCCAUCCACAUCGUGUAUGUGCCAUCACAUCUCUACCAUAUGCUCUUUGAGCUCUUCAAGAAUGCCAUGAGAGCUACAGUAGAGACGCAUGAGACGAGCCCAGCGUUGCCCUUGAUCAAAGUCCGCAUUUCACUGGGCACCGAGGACCUCACUAUCAAGAUGUCUGACAGAGGAGGCGGAGUCCCUCUAAGGAAGAUUGAACGUCUCUUCAGCUACAUGUACUCCACAGCUCCCAGUCCAGUCCAUGUAGACAACUCUCGUAAUGCACCUCUGGCUGGUUUUGGCUAUGGCCUGCCCAUUUCCCGCCUGUAUGCCAAGUAUUUCCAGGGAGACCUGCAGCUCUACUCUAUGGAGGGUUACGGGACAUCAGCAGUCAUAUACCUGAAGGCCCUGUCUUCAGAGUCAGUGGAGAGACUUCCUGUUUUCAACAAGUCAGCCCUGCGGCAUUACCAGUCCAGCACAGAGGCCGAUGACUGGUGCAUGCCCAGCAAGGAUCCUAAGAACCUAGGCAGGUAUGAGGGGAGUCAGUGAUGGCAGACUAAAGGAGGAGAUUGAGGAAUAUUAAGAAGAAGAGGAACCAAAUGCUUUCGGCACGUUGCUGGACUGGGAUUUUUGCUGUGGAAUCUUCUCUCCCCGGCGAGGGGAACUAAGAAGGAAGAAAAUGGUUAUUGUUGGUAUGAAGAAAGAUAAAUGCACAGCAGUAACUAACCUAAACUAUGAUCCAGCAUCUGAUUUUAGACCAGCCAUCACCUAGAAUAAGCUUGCAACACAAAAUAUGCUGCUAAUGAAAAUGGAACAAUUAAUAAUUUCCUUUUACCUCAGUAAUUACACUCGGAAUAAAAACACGGUGUUUGUGUAACAUUAGUAUCCUUCACAAUCUCAACAUUGUAUUCAGUUUAUUAAAUUCACAAGUGUUUUAUGUUUGUUUUUGCAUCAGGUUAAAUUUGUAUCAGUGCUCUUUACAGGCCAGCCGGAGCCGACUGAAGUGUUUGUGUCAUUAAACAGAACGGGAGCGUGAUCACUGACUGCCGCAUAAACGCGAGGGGAGCAAAGUCUGUUAAUUUGCAGCGCUGCUUCAUUCACACAGCUUUCAUUGUGAACAACAGCAACUGUGAAAUUAUAUUUGCUGUGAUGCCGUAUAUGGGUGUGUGUGUGUGUGUGUGUGUGUUUGCGGUUUUUUGUUAGAGGAUUUUCAGUGUCACUAAUUAUCCGCCUUGUGUCAUUAUGUGAGCUGAAAGGGUUUUUAAGUCGUGUUUGUUUAGAUGGGUUAAAAAUUGUUGUAAAUUUUACCUUCACAAACUUUUUAGCACAUUAAAACAUACAGUAUGUGAGGUUCAUUGAGAGGGUCCUUUCUGCAGGAAAUUGUACUUUAGCUCCCUGGUGUAUAACACACUGUAAGCCAUCACCCUGUUAUCUGGACCUGACAGGAUAUAUUCAGGGUUGUAGGCACAUCGGAGCAACACAAACACAUUAGGGAAUACUUUAUGCAAGCUGUAAGCCAUUACAUAUUUUUAUAUUCUGUCCUUUUAGUUUCAAGCCUGUAGAAAUGUUUUGGAAACUUAAUGUUGAGUGGUAUGAAAUGAAAAUAUUAAAUUUUACAUGUUGUUUUCCCUUGAGUUAAUAAGCAGUUUUCACUUUUUACUCUAUAGGCAUUACUCACAGUACAAGUGUCCUUGUAUUGAGUCUGUGGUUCACCACUAAAAGGACCAGUGAAUGUAGAAAUUAAAAAAAUAAAAGAAAAACUCAUGUCA